AUGCCCUCUCCCCUCGUGCUGACCCGCGCCGCUCCGGCGCGCGGCCUCAACGUCAAAAUGUUCGACCGUAAGGUGAAAGGGUUGCAACGGAGCUUCGUCUCAUCCCCCGCCUGUGAUCUUCACAAGCUGUGCGCACAGCAGAUGCUGGACCGGCGCGCCUUUGUGAAGCGCGACACGCCAGUAGUGCUAGAAGUGGGGGCGCACACGGGAUGGUAUCUGCGGCACAUGAUUGAGCGUAAGGAGCUUCACGGGCUCAAGCAGUACAUACAGACGGACAUCUCCGAGGACAGGCUGAACCGCAACUACGACGAAAUCAAGCGCAUGAUCCCACCAGAGGUGGAGUUUGUUCAAAUCUGCUGCGACGAGGAAGAGCCCUCGCCGUUUGGUAUCCCGGACAAGUCGGUGGACAUGGUCGUCUCGUGUCUCUCCAUGCACUGGGUGAAUGACCUGGAGACGUCCAUGGUCAACAUCCGCAAGGUGCUCAAGCGCGACGGCUUCUUCCUGAACGCCAUGUUCGGCGGCAACACCCUCUACGAGCUGCGAGGGUGCUUCUCCAUGGCGCAGACGGAGACCCUCGGCGGCGUUUCGCCGCACGUCUCUCCAAUGAUCGACGGCGCCGGUCUGUCGACGCUCGUGCUGCAGGCAGGCUUUAACAUCCCUACGAUCGACCUGGAUCGGCACCUGCUGUUGUACGAGACCCCGUUCCACUUGAUGGAGCACCUGUCGGUGAUGGGGGAGAGCGCGUGCCAUUACAUGCGUCAGCCCAUGAAGCGCGACGUCUUGCUCUGCGCCUGCGCGAUUUACGACACCAUGUACAAGCAGAACGGCCUCAUCCCCGCCACCUUCGAGGUAUUCCACACAAUUGCCUGGAGUCCCAGCCCGACACAGGCGAAGCCGCUGGCGCGCGGCAGUGGGCAAAUCCCGCUGUCCUCGUGGAACUCGAAGAAUCGGAAGCAGCUGCAGUCCGUGCUGGACGAGUACGCGCUGAACCCCAACGAUGAGAUGCUGCAGAACAAAGCCGAGGAGAUCUUCAAGAAACUGCGCGAGGAGAGCGCCGAGCUCAUGGCGAAGAAAGGGCUCGACGCGCGCGGGUUCGAGCGCGACCGCGACGAGGAGGCGCGCCGGCUCGACGAGAAGCCGGUGCCGCCCUUUCAAUAG